AUGCGAUCUACUAAUGGAUUCCUUUUUGAACAAACUCGCGAAAUUUAUACAGAUGGAAUAAAAAUUCACUUCAGAAACUUGUGGAACGUUAUAGAUUCAACUCGAAAUCUAAUUUAUGGUUUCGUUUUCGUGCUCAGAAUCAUCGCAUACGUACAACAAUAUCGUGAAAUAUCAUCCGAUCCAUCAAAAGCUUCCAUCCCAAGAGAAGAAUGGGACGCUUUCGACCCCCAAUUGGUCGCAGAAGGACUUUUCGCCGCUGCAAAUGUUUUUAGUGCUUUAAAAUUAGUUCAUCUUUUUUCGAUAAAUCCUCAUUUAGGACCAUUACAAAUUUGUUUGGGUCGAAUGGUAAUCGAUAUUGUUAAAUUUUUCUUUAUUUACGCCUUGGUUCUUUUUGCUUUUGCUUGCGGUUUAAAUCAACUGUUGUGGUAUUUUUCUGAUUUGGAGAGAAAAAAAUGUUUUCGUUUGAAGAAUAAGUUACCAGAUUGGACUAACUCGAGGGAAUCUUGUUUGAAAUGGAGGAAAUUCGCUAAUGUUUUUGAGUCAUCUCAAUCUUUAUUUUGGGCGAGCUUUGGAAUGAUAAGCUUAGAAGAUUUUGAAUUAGAAGGAAUUAAAGGUUACACAAGAUAUUGGGGGUUAUUAAUGUAUGGUUCUUAUUCCGUUAUAAACGUUAUUGUGCUUUUAAAUUUAUUAAUUGCAAUGAUGUCGAAUUCUUAUGCCACAAUUGAUGAUCACUCUGAUACCGAAUGGAAAUUUGCUCGAACAAAACUUUGGAUGAAAUACUUCGAAGAUACUCCAACUUUACCACCGCCUUUCAACAUAAUUCCAUCACCAAAAAUAAUAUUUAAACUAUUUAAAUCCAAAGAAAGAUCAAUUCCAAUUUAUGAAUCAAACGAAAAAAAUCAAAAUAAAGAUUUAAAGUACUCAUCCGUUAUAAGAGCUUUAGUUUGGAGAUAUGUAACUUCAAUGCAUCGAAAAUGCGAUGAAAGUUUAGUUACAGAGGAUGAUAUAAAUGAAGUUAAAAGUGAUAUGUCGGCGUUUCGAUACGAAAUUUUGGAGGUGUUAAAUAAAAAUGGAAUGGAUGUUUCUUGUGCUGAUAAAAAAGAAAAAGCGAUUCUUGGGAAGAAAAUGAAAGUUUGGGAACGCCGUUUAAUGAAAGAUUUUAAAGUGGCCCCAAUAAAUCCUGAUGAAAUGGACCGAUUAGUUUACGUUUCUCCACCAGAAAAUGAAGAUUCAUUGGCCAGAUUUAGAAGAAUCGCUAAAUUGGCACUUUUAAACUCAAGUUUGCACAAAUGGCGACAAGUUAUUAAAGGAGCUUGUUUAACGUAUUAA